GCCAGGCUUUGGCCAUUUAUGGUUAAAAAAAAAAAAAAGGCAGCACUUUUGUCUUUUCCUUGGCGAGGGCUCAACUGUUGGAUUCAUCUGGUGUCGAGUCAUAGCAGCCCUUAUGACAUCAUAGAUCUCCCUCCUCAACUCUCUCUGCUUAUGCCAUGGCUAGAGGAAUUCAGACCUGAGGGGGAUUUGAACCAUCUACACCCAAUCCCUGUGUGACCAAUGGAGGAGGAGGAGCAGCCUGAAGAUAAAGAUGAAAAUCCCUUAUUAUCAGAGAACCCAUCAGAGGUAGAGACUGAUAUUCUGGCUGAGACACAGAAAACGGACAAUACUGAAGCUCCAGUGAUCCAGGAUGAGAUCUCCAAAGAAGAUAAGGCAGUUAUAAAGAUCCAGUCUUGGUGGCGGGGCACACUGGUGCGUAGGACACUGCUACACGCUGCCCUCAGGGCCUGGGUCAUUCAGUGCUGGUGGAGGCUGAUGCAAGCAAAAUUUGCAGAGAAGAGGCGCCGGGUGACACUUGAUAAAUUUUCACGGGAGGAGUGGGCAGCAGUCAGACUGCAGUCCUGGGCCCGCAUGUGGCGCAUCCGUCAGCGCUACUGCCAGGUGCUCAAUGCUGUUCGUAUUAUCCAGGCCUACUGGAGGUGCCACACCUGUGCUUCCCGGGGUCUCAUCAAAGGCCAAUACCGAGUCACAGCCAGCCAGCUGCAUCUCGAGUUGGAGAUCCUGCUGGGCUCAGGGCCCUGUGUUGUGACAGAGUGUAUUCCCCUCCCAAUAAAGCAGUGAAGUGAUCUUCCAAA